CACUCGUGGAGGCAGUGUUGAACGGAGUUACCUGAACCGGACCUCGGUCGUCGUGGUAGCCUUCAGAUAACGAAAAGAACCGAGGACCUGCAAAGCUCUUGCAAAUCGCGCAAGAAGUCAAUCGGACCUACUAUUACGCCCUGUUGAAGUUCGCUCGCAAGAACAAGGAUUCCUCGAAAGUCGCGCUCCAGGACUUCAUCCUGCGGACUUUGUCCUAAACUUUAAUCAGAAAUCGUGUGAGAUCCUGGAAAACCUGUUCGUCCCAGCAAAGAAACCUGAAAUCUAUUUUUUUUCUUUAAUUCGAGUCAAAAACGUUCUUCAAAUAGAAUUUGAAAGAAGUUUCCGUAAAGAAAAAUAUCCUUUGACGACGUUGGACUCCAAUCUGCAUAGAUUUCCAUCUCGGCAAAAUUUUCUACGCAGAAAACUUGAUCUGAACUGAGUUUAAGUAUAGUGGAUUUUCCCAAUCUCUUCAUCCAGCUGAGCUUCUUUUAUCUUCGCGGAUGAAAUCUUCACCAGUGACUCGCAGCGAUUAACCAUCAGUGGAUGUGAAAUUUAUGAGAGGGAUAAUAGCCGUUUGAUUAAAACUCGUAGAAUGUUCUUAGAGCGAUUGCAAUAGGAAUCUAUUAAGAAGACUUACUGCCGGAGUGGAGUAAUUACCCCUCGGCGAAUGUGCGAAGAUCAGUGCUGAUUUUCGACAGACUUGGGAAAUUCACGUUCGCGUGCUUAUUGCUGUAAUUUGUAAUCUGUCGUAAAGGAAGUGUUAAGAAACAUGAGGCCACCGUACAACGAGGAAGAUGUGCAGCAGCUCUCGCAGGAGCAGGGCGAGAGAAAUGUCGCAAUGGCGGUCUGCGUGCAACUGGCAGGUCGGGCGAUCAUCAGGGUGAUUUCCCGAUGUGAAGAAGCUCAGGAUAAUUGCAACCUAGACUUGUCGGAGUGCCAGCUCAUGCAAAUCCCGGACGCGGUCUAUCACCUGAUGCGGCACACGGAGCUGAAAAGAUGCGACCUUUCUGGCAAUGUGAUCACUAAAAUCCCGGCAAAGUUCGCCGUGAAAUUCUCAUUAAUCACUGAACUGAAUUUAAGCCACAAUCAGAUGAGCAAGCUGCCGGAGGAGCUGGCCGAGCUGCAAGCUCUGGAAAGACUCGAUAUCUCGCACAACACUUUCAUCGCUCUACCAUCUGUCGCCUGGCGGAUACCGCAGCUUAAACGACUCCUCGCAAACAAUAAUUUUAUCAUUGAGAUCGACGUUGACAGGCUCAGGCUUGCACCUGCCCUCGAAUUUAUCGACCUGCAGGGAAAUCCGCUGCCACCGAGAUUGCACGACCUCCUGCGCACUUUGACUAGGAUUACAAUUGAACUUACUCCUCGGCAGAUCGAGGAUUGGGAAGACUUGAACGUUUAAGCCCUCCUUCCUCAAGCAAGAGCAGCCCAUUUCGCAACGGAAGACAACGGAGAAACAAUUUUGUCCCCCUGCGUUCUUUCGCCGAAAAUUGCUCAAGAACUAGAAGUAAAAUCGACAUUUUGUACAGUGAUAAUGCGAAUUGUGUGAUAAUGGGUGCCGCGGAUCGCCAGUCGAUACGAAGGAAAGAUCCGCUUGUAUGUUUUAUAAAUGUCACUAGUGAUUUGUACUUAAUUGCUGCGGAUCCGUUACCGAUUUUGCAUGGAGAUCGCUCGAUCCCUCUUUUUUUUUCUUUUAUACCACGUGGAUUUUGAAAUUUUAUCGCGAUACCGACGCUGUUGUGAUACUUGAAUAUUUCGAUCAUUGAAUUCAAGGAUUCUCGGAUCUCAUUUAUAAAUUUUUUGUGAAUAUAUCAGAGCGCUACUAGUUUGCAAUCAAACCUUUGGAUUAUAAAUAAUUUUAAUAUAAAAUAAUUUAAAUAAUUUUGAGGAACUCUUCCAAACCUCUCGAAUUUUUUAUGCAUAUCUCUAUACAUGCA